AUGUCCAUCGCCGCUGUUAACGCAGCGGCGUUGCCUGCUGGAGAACCUGAUGCAGUUAACUGCAAGGUCUCUGGCGAGGGCUGUGAGGUUCACGGAGCUUCUUACGGCGACACAUUGAGACGCAUUCUCAAGAAGAGGGCUACCACUACUGCUAAGAAGCCAACAACUACGGCAAAGGCCGCCAGCACCACCAAGCCCACUAGCUCUACUAAGCCUGUGACCACCAGCAAGGCUGCUUCCACUACCAACAAGGCUGCUUCCACUACCAACAAGGCUGCUUCCACUACCAACAAGGCUGCUUCCACUACCAACAAGGCUGCUUCCACUACCAACAAGGCUGCUUCUACUACCAACAAGGCUGCCUCUACUACCAAGCCCAGCUCUACCACUAAGCCUUCCUCCACAACCAAGCCCACCAGCUCUACUAAGCCUGUGACCACCAGCAAGGCUGCUUCUACUACCAACAAGGCUGCUUCUACUACCAACAAGGCUACUUCUACUACCAACAAGGCUACUUCUACUACCAACAAGGCUGCUUCUACUACCAACAAGGCUGCCUCUACCACCAAGCCUAGCUCUACUACUAAGCCUUCCUCCACAACCAAGCCCACCAGCUCUACUAAGCCUGUGACCACCAGCAAGGCUGCUUCUACUACCUCCACUACCUCUAGUGCUAAGCCCACCUCCACUACCAAGGCUUCCUCUACUGUAGCUCCCCCCAAGGCUUCAACCACAACCAUCCCUCCUUCCUCUGCUAAGCCUGGCACUACUACUACCACUUCCACCAAGCCCACAACCACCAUCAUCACUUCUGUCAAGCCUACAACUACUGCUCCUUCUAGCACAGUAAAGGCAUCCACUACAUCUACCACUUCAGCCUUAUCUACCUCAUCCAAGGCUAGCACUUCCACUACAAGCACUUCUGCUUCCGUCCCAAGCACCUCUACCAAGGCUAGCACAACAUCAGGCUCAAGCUCAGCCGCCGCUGCUUCCAACCCUGCAUCUAGCACCGUCAUCUCCUCAUCUCUGAGCAUCCCUAGCACGACUUUGGCUACCUCCACCAAGCCUGCAGUUGUUUCUUCCACUUCUGCUCAAGUCGAUGGCGUCAGUGCUACCACUUCUGCUCAGGUCAAUGGUGUCAGUGCCAGCAGUUCCGCUCAGGUUGAUGGUGUCAACACCAGCACUUCUGCUCCAGUCGACGGUGCUAAGACCACUACCUCUGCUCAGGUUGAUGAUGGGCAAACUACCACUUCUGGAAGUUCCGCAACUGAUCCCACUUCAGACGUCAAGGGCGACGACGACCAGGUGACCACUUCCGCUUCCACUGUCAGCAGUGUGGAGUCUGAUGCUCCUGAGUCGGUGGACCCCAUCUCUACCACUGCGGCUGGUGAUGAGAAGGCCACUUCCGCUUCCAAGAUUGAUGAGCCCACAACAUCUGAUACAUCUGCUGGCCAGACCACCACAUCUGUCACGGAUGAUGAGGGCUCAACCUCUGCACCUUCUGGUCAGACUACCGCAUCUGUCACCUUUGUGGAACCCAACACCAAGGCAGCCUCGGAUGAAUCCACUCCCACAUCUGCUACUUCUGAUGAUGGAGAGGGCUCUACUACCACUGUCAAGGAGUCUGCUAGUGAUCCCACUAUCACCUCUGCAGCUGAUGACGGUGAUCUCACUUCUUCUUCUGCUCCAGAGCCCUCUGUCACCGAUGAUCAGCCCGCAAGCGACCCCACUACCUCUGCUGCCAAUCAGUCCACUGCUACAGACGACGCGGAGCCUACUAUUGCCACCGACAAGGAUUCCUCUGCUACAGUCGUUGAGCCUGCCGGUGGCGCUACUACAACUGCUGAUAGCCAAUCUACUGCUACAGACGCUGACGAGCCUACUUCUUCUGCUGUCAAGGAGUCAUCCGCCACAGCUGGUGAGCCCUCUAGUGACCCCACUACCACUGAGGUCUCUGAGACUGCUGGUGUAACCACUACCUCCAAUGCCGCAGUUGAUUCUUCUGUAGAGUCUUCCGCUGCUGAUAACGGGCCCACUACUUCUUCGGAUAUGGAUGUUACUUCCUCUGCUGCAAGCGAGCCCUCUGCCACAGCCGAUGAGUCCACCAGUGUACCUGCCACCACAUCUGUGGUCUUUGAGGACCCCAACACUAAGGUGGUUUCAGAUGCGUCUACUUCAGACGCGGCUGCUCCUACAUCGGAAGCGUCUUCCGGAGAGAGCUCCGCUGCUGGCGAAGAGUCUUUUGCUUCUACUAUUAAUAGCGAAUCUGCUACACUCAGUGAGCCUGCUGUCAACCCUACUACCACUAUGGUAGCUGUUGAUCCUUCUGAGGAAUCUUCCACUGCUGCAGGAGAGUCCAGUGUCACAGUCAUCGAGUCUAGCAGUGGACCUACUACUUCUGCUGAGCCUGUUGUUACAUCCGAUCAGCCCGCCAGUGUGCCUACUACAUCUGCUGUCUUUGAGGAUCCCAACACCAAGGUGCUCACACGUGCACUGUCUAAUUCAUUUGAAGGUUCUUAUGGCCCUCUAGGGCUGCUGUCAAGGACGCGUCUGUCUCAGCCGAAGAGCCCGCUAGUCAGCCUACUACAUCUGUGGUCUUUGAGGACCCUAACACCAAGGUUGUCUCGGAUGCUUCUACUCCCACAUCGGAUGCUUCUCCUGGACCCUGCUGUCACAUCUGACACGCCUGCUUCUGAUCCCACUACCUCCAAUGCAGCUGUUGAUCCUUCCGUCGAGACCUCCGCCGCUGCCGGAGAGCCCAGUGGCACAGUUGGAGAGCCCAGCACUGUACCUACUACCUCCGCUGGUCAGGAGCCUGUUGUUACAUCUGAUGCGCCUGCCACUGAUCCCACUACCUCCGCCGCUGCUGGAGAGCCUAGUGGAACAGUCGUCGAGCCCGCCAGUGGACCUUCUACCUCCCAGGCUGAUGAGCCUUCUAGCGAGCCUGCCGCCUCUUCUGAUGCCGAGCCUACUGCUACUACUCCUCCUCCCACAACUCUGAUCACAAUGGUGAAGCCCUCCGUUACAUCAUCUGACGCUGCCGAGGAGAGCUCUUCUCCCGUUGCUUCUGACCCAGUUGUUGAGCCACCCGUCUCUACUGCUGAUCAAGAGCCUGCCAGUGACCCUACUACCACCGCCAAGGCCGCUGACCCUGUUGAGACCACUUCUGCUGCUGCUGUUGACCCAACUACAUCACCUGUUGUUGACGCGACAUCCGAGCCUGCAUCUAACCCCACUACUUCUGCUGCAGUUGUCGUGGAGCCGGCAAGUGAUCCUACCACCACUGCUGAUCCUAUUGUAGUGACCACUUCUUCUGCUGCUGGAGAGCCUGCAUCUGAUCCUACUACUUCUGCCGCUGUUGUCGUCGAGCCAGCUAGUGAUCCUACCACCACCGCCAAGGCCGCUGAUCCUGUUGAGACCACUUCUGCUGCUGCUGUUGACCCAACUACUUCGGCCGCUGCUGAUGAGCCUACAUCCGAGCCUGCAUCUAACCCCACUACUUCUGUUCCAGUUGUCGUGGAGCCAGCCAGUGAUCCUACUACCACAGCCAAGGCCGCUGAUCCUAUUGUUGACCCGACUACCUCAGCCGCCGCUGUUGACCCAACUACUUCUGCUGCUGUUGAGGAACCUGCCAGUGAUCCUACCACCACUGCUGAUCCUGUUGUGGUGGCCACUUCUUCUGCUGCUGGAGAGCCUGCAUCUGAUCCUACUACUUCUGCCGCUGUUGUCGUCGAGCCAGCUAGUGAUCCUACCACCACCGCCAAGGCUGCUGACCCUGUCGAGCCAACAACUUCUGCUGCUGCUGUCGUGGAGCCUACCAAGUCUGUUGCUGAUGAGCCCGCUUCUCAACCUACUACUACUGUCGUUGACGAGCCCGUCUCUCAGCCCUCAACUCCGGCCGACUCUGGAAACCCAUCCGGCGCAGCUUCUGAGCCCGCUUCUGAGCCCUCGACCCCAGCUGACUCUGGUUCAUCCGGCUCUUCUGGCUCCUCUGGUUCAUCUGAUGAGCCCGCUUCGCAGCCCUCUACUCCAGCUGACUCUGGCUCAUCCGGCUCGUCUGGCUCGUCUGGCUCGUCUGGUUCAUCUGAUGAGCCUGCCUCUCAGCCCUCGACCCCAGCUGACUCUGGUUCAUCCGGUUCAUCCGGCUCUUCUGGCUCUUCAGGCUCCUCUGGUUCAUCUGACGAGCCCGCUUCGCAGCCCUCUACUCCAGCUGACUCUGGCUCAUCCGGCUCGUCUGGCUCGUCUGGUUCAUCCGAUGAGCCAUCCAGCGGCUCUGGCAGCCCUUAA